CAUUCUUCGAAAAAAAAAAUUUGGAGAAAGAUGGGUGCUCAGAGUUCAAUUCAAAAUAAUAUGCGAGAAAAAUUCCUGAACAUUAUUUUCGAGAAAUCUUAAAAUUUGACAUUUUCACAGGAAAAGAAGAGCUUUCAGUGCUGGUGAUGGCGAAAAAUAUCGUAAUCACAUUUGGUAAUUAUAUCGAUAUUUUUUUCACCCUUGCCCAUCCCUAUUCGAUGCCAUAGAGUAAAGUUGUGAAAGGUCUAUGAUUUUAAUUGACAAACAGAUGUUCCGUUAUACAGGUUAUGUUUAUGUGAUGACAGCUGUGAGGCCUACUAGUGAUAAAAAUUCGAUAUGGACUUGGAUUACGAAACCAUUCAAUUAAUUCAAGAAGAAUUCCAAAAUGAUUUCGUUUUGCCGCAAAAGGAGAAUAUCCCUGAUUCAAUUUUAGCUCGACGAUUGCAAGAACAAUUUCAGAAAGAAUUGCUUUCUAAAAACUCCAGUCGGAAUGAAACAUCUGAUUUUUUACUAGCCCGUAGUCUACAAGAACAGUUCAAAAACGUACAAAGUCCCAAUACAUCCUACGGUGAUUUGGUGUAUGACAAAAAAUCCCAGAACAGAGAAAGCACCAGAAGUCUGAUCGAUCCAUCAUGGGAAGUAAUAGAUCCUACUCCAGAUAUACAUGUACUAUUUAUGGCAUUCAACAACAAAUUCUUUUGGGGCAAACUUGAUUCUGUUUGUGUUUCCUGGAGUAAACGAAUGAAAAGAUGUGCUGGCAUAUGCUCUUAUCAGGGUCGUGGUGGACUGUGCCACAUAACUCUCAGCGAACCCUUAUUAAAACUAAGACCUAGAAAAGAUCUAAUUGAAACAUUGUUACAUGAAAUGAUACAUGCUUUUUUGUUCGUCACUCACAACAAUAAAGAUCGAGAUGGUCAUGGUCCUGAAUUUCACAAACAUAUGUAUAGGAUAAACAAGGAAGCUGGCACAAACAUAACGGUUUAUCAUAGUUUUCAUGAUGAAGUUGAGCUUUAUCUCCAACAUUGGUGGAGAUGUGAUGGUCCAUGCCAAAAAUGGAAACCUUUCUUUGGUCUCGUUAGGAGAUCAAUGAAUAGGGCUCCAGGACCGUAUGAUAGGUGGUGGGGUCAGCAUUCUAGAAGCUGUGGCGGGACAUUCAUAAAGAUUAAAUCGCCGGAACCCAAGGUUAAGGCAACAAAACAAAAAAAGGAGUCUCAACCAACCAACAAAAUAACAAAAUUUAUUUCAAGUUCAGGCACAUCUAGGGAUUUAGGAAACAUACAAUCAGAAGCCAAGGGAAAAAAUUCCAAACCUCAAACAAUAGUAAAACCAACUACUUCUAAUAUUAUGAGUAUAAAUUCCCUUAAUGUUUCAAAACCGAAUUCGGGGCUUUCGACUUCUGUGACUAUUCCUUCCAAAACUAACAAUAUUCAUGGAUUUUCAAAUUCAGCAACUAAAACUUUCGUUAAGGGAGGAACCAAAAUUAAUUCAAACACAAUUGUUGUUCCUAAAAAAUCCCCCACAAUUUCCCAAGAAAAGAAAUCUGAAACUGGACCAAAUAAAGAGAACAUAGGGGACACUUCAAUAGAUUAUUCGGUUGUUAGAAAUCAUUGGAUAAACAAAUUUUCAAACUCUAAAACUAGUGGAAGUUCCCAAACGGUGGUUUCAAGUAAAAGAAAAUCAUCUCAAUCAAUUCCAGUAGCUGCUAAAGCAACAAAAUUCAGUGAGAUGUCUUCGCAAGACUCCUUAGACUGUGAUAGUGUACCUUGUCCUGUUUGUAAUAUCUUUUAUCCUAUUGACGAAUUGAAUCGACAUCUGGACAUUUGUUUAAGCGAACCAAAGAAUAAUUGCAAGGAAUGCAUAAUUUGUUCGAAAGACAUAAAUGAGAACGAAUAUCAACGACAUGUGAAUGAAUGUUUGGAAAAAAAUUUCGUUGAUAAUACUCCUAGAGCUCAACAUGACAAAAACGAUAUUAUAAUAAUAGAAGAGGAUACUAUGGAUCUGAAUUGUGUGAAUUGCCCUAUUUGUAAGAAUCAAAUUUCGAUUGAGGAGCUCGAAGAGCAUUCAAAUUUGUGUAAAAAUAGGACGAAAUGUCCUGAGUGUGGAAAAGAAAUAAAUUCAGGGAAUUAUGACCUUCAUCUUGCCGAUUGUCUCAUGAAAAAAUUCGAUGAGAUGGAUCAAAAUUUCAAUGCACAAUCGAAUAUUGCUAAUGGUUCGGAGAGAACAAAAAGUGAGAGUACUGAAGAGAAAAUAAGUUGUCUUGUUUGUGGUGAUCGCAUUUUAAAAAACAAUUUAUAUUCUCAUUUGGACGAAUGUAUGAAAGAGGUAUUUGACAAAGAAGAACAGAAAGAGGUUGACGAUGAUAACGAUGAUAACGAUGAUAAACUCUACAACUGCCCAUUUUGCUUGAAACUUAUAACGGAAGUGGACAUGAGCGAUCAUAUCGAUAUAUGCCUGAAAUCUGUGGAUGGUGAUUGUGAAGCUGAAAGGAAUAAGACUUUAUUUCUGAGUGAAAUUGAUUAAGUGACUGUGAUUUCACCAUUUUCAUAAUUCUUCUUCAUGUUUGUACAAAAAAAUUUAUAAUCACAAAAAAAUUAUUAAUAUAUGAGAUUUUUUAUUGG